GGUGAGAACGUAAUGUCAGCCUCACCCGGCGGCUGGCACCCAUACCACUGGGGAGGUGAAUCCCGCGCAUCGCCAUUUUAUCUUCGCUUUUCUAUCCUGCAUACCCUCCAUUUGACAUGGCGGACGGCUUCUCUAACCCUUCGCCAGUACAAACACGCUCUCACCAUCACGGUGAUGUGGGUGGAGUAAAUGUCUCUGUCGUAUUCUGGACAGACAUCUUUCUCGUGUCAAUCCUUACCGUCUGUACGCUGCUCCAACUCCCGCGUAUAUAUGCGCGCCUCUGCACACCUAGCGAGAGGAGAGAUGGCCAUUUCUUACUUCGUUCCGAUACCGCCUUACCUCCAUCCCCUCCAAGUUCAUCGACUAUCGCGGUAGACCAUUCAGAGCAGGAUUUGAUGCACACCUCAGCCCCGAACGAGAAGGCCGAUCACUCUUCAUCGGCCUCACCUCCCAUGCACAUACCUGCUUGGGAUACGCUUGUCAGGCCCGUCAUCCCUUUCCUUCGGACGCCAUUCAUCGAGGGGAUUAACUUAGGUGGAACCCUAUUCUGCGCGUUCUACUUCGGGGUAUUGCUCUUCUCCGGGCUCUACCACACAAGCAUCUUCACGAACCCUCUGAGGCCGGGCUAUGUAGCGGUGUCCCAGAUCCCUUGGGUCGUCAUUCUCGCAUCGAAGAACAACAUCAUCAGCUUGUUGCUCGGAAUCGGAUGGGACCAUCUUAACUACAUCCAUCGGUUCGCUGGUCGACUGCUCACCAUUGCCGCGAACAUUCACGUCAUUGGAUAUGUGUACAAAUGGACCAUGGCGGGAAGCUUUGUCAGGCAUAUCUCCGAGCCGCGCUUUGUCUGGGGCGUGGUUGCGAUCGUAUGCAUAGACAUUUUGUUCUUCUUCUCCCUGGCGAUCUGGCGUGCGCGGGCAUACAGUAUCUUCUAUCUCUCGCACAUCGCCUCGUUCAUCGGGUUCUUGGUCACGGUCUGUCUCCACAUGCGCCCUGCCAUACCCUGGGUCAUAGCCAGCGCAGGCAUCUACGUCGCCGACAUCGUCCUGCGCUGCAUCAAGACCCGCGUCUGCACCGCACGUAUCCAGUGCUUCCCCGAGCUCUGCGCCACCUGGGUCGAGAUCCCCUCCCUGACUUCGGGCUGGCGCGCAGGCCAACACGUCCGGCUCCGCGUCCUCUCGAGGAGCAUGGGGUGGGUAGGAUGGACGGAGACGCACCCGUUUACAAUCGCCAGCGCCAGCAGGGGUGUCGCGCAGCAAGGGCUUGUCCUUCUCUGCAAGAACACGGGGAGGUGGACGAGGCGGCUGCAAGCCUUGUCGCGGCGAGAACAACUGGACGGCUCGAACGUGACCAUCACCGUCAUGGUUGAAGGGCCAUAUGGAGGGCCCGGCGACACCAUGCUGUCGAGCUUCUCAGGAGCCUUGCUCGUCGUUGGCGGUAGCGGGAUCUCAUACGGCCUCGCAGCAGCGGAAGAGCUCAUCCGGAAAGCAGCAGAUGGGACUAGCAGCGUCACUGUCCUUGACCUAGUCUGGUGUGUCCCCUACUCCGACUGCCUGACACCGAUGAUCCCUCACUUUACAUUCCUGCUUGCGCAGAGUCGGUCGGCUGGGGUGGCCUUCCAAGUAACCGUCUUCCACACCAGAGUGUCGAUCUCCGAGCGAACAUGUGGCACAUACGAGCUACCGGCCGGCCUCACUCUUCUCUCCGGUCGUCCGAGCAUUGCGAUUCGCCUCCGGGACGUCCUCAGCCGUACACAGGAAGCGGGGCCUCUCCCGGGUGCCGGUGACAAGCUGAGAGGCGUGUCAGUCGGUGUCUGCGGCCCCUUGGCGCUCGGCGAGGACGUGCGGAAGGCUAUAGAUGAGAUUGAGCCGGACGUGCAGAGGGCAGUCGGGGGAAUAGAGCUGCUGGAGGAGAUCUACUCUUUGUGAUUCUUGACGUCUGUCUGUGCACCUCUUCCGUAGCGAUAGACUGGGCUUUCCCCUGUGCGAUUGACCACUUCUUGGUUGCCGUUGCGUCGGUGUGUGGUUGUGGCUGUAAACGGCUGGCGACGAGGUGAGUGCCCCUAUC